UGAAUUAGCAACAACAUCAACCCAGAGUUCACCAUCCGAAGGUUCAGAAACCCAAAGACCAACACAAAUUACAGCUAUAACCUCACAAUCAGCACAAAGUACAGCCUCUGAGGACUCACCAACAGUGACUACAACACUUUCUAUUGCAACAGCAUCCACAACAGAAUCUGUGUCCACAUCAGCAACAACCAUAACCCAAAGUACAGCAUCUGAGGAUUCUUCAACGCAAAGACCAUCACAAACUACACUCAUAACUUCAAAAUCCACUCACAGUACAGCAUCGGAGGAUUCACCAACUGUAACAUCGUUUACAACACAAAGUAUGAUCACAUCUACACCAACACAAUCUAUUCUAAUAACAACAGAAUCUGCAUCAACAUCAACCGCAAGUACAACAUCUGAGCAUUCACCUACAGUGACUACAACACCAUCUAUUGCAACAUCAUCAACAACACAAAGUGUGAUCGCAACUACACAGACGCAAUCUAUUCUGCCCACAGUUGAAUUAGCAACAACAUCAACCCAGAGUUCACCAUCCGAAGGUUCAGAAACCCAAAGACCAACACAAAUUACAGCUAUAACCUCACAAUCAGCACAAAGUACAGCCUCUGAGGACUCACCAACAGUGACUACAACACUUUCUAUUGCAACAGCAUCCACAACAGAAUCUGUGUCCACAUCAGCAACAACCAUAACCCAAAGUACAGCAUCUGAGGAUUCUUCAACGCAAAGACCAUCACAAACUACACUCAUAACUUCAAAAUCCACUCACAGUACAGCAUCGGAGGAUUCACCAACUGUAACAUCAUUUACAACACAAAGUAUGAUCACAUCUACACCAACACAAUCUAUUCUAAUAACAACAGAAUCUGCAUCAACAUCAACCGCAAGUACAACAUCUGAGCAUUCACCUACAGUGACUACAACACCAUCUAUUGCAACAUCAUCAACAACACAAAGUGUGAUCGCAACUACACAGACGCAAUCUAUUCUGCCCACAGUUGAAUUAGCAACAACAUCAACCCAGAGUUCACCAUCCGAAGGUUCAGAAACCCAAAGACCAACACAAACUGCAGUCGUAGCCCCACAAACAGCCACUUCAGAUGAAGCUGUAUCAUAUAUGAAAACCACAUCAGAGACUCAACAAACAUUAGCACCUCUAACAACACCCACACCUGCUAAACAAACUGCUGAAUCUACAGCACGUGACAGCACAACAACACAUAGUGAAUCAGUGAUAACCCCAACACAAACUACACCACCUAUUGAAACAGCAUACACAACAACUACACUAGUGGCAUUACCAAUGACAGUAUCAUCUUCAGCAGAACCAACUAACUUCAUGGCAUCUUCAACAGAAACAACCAUAAGAACCACACAACCAACACCAGUCACAGAAACAAGACGCACAACACCAACAGGCACUGUAGUGUCGACAACAAACAAACAAGACAGAAGGGAAUCAACCACAACACGAUCCCAAACUACACUGUCUGUAAAAACAAUGCCACAAACUACAGUCAGAGGAAUGACACAAACUACAGUCCGAGGAAUGAAACAAACUUUGCGUGUAUCUCAGACGGACAGUACUGCACAUGCAGCUACAACCUCGACUUCUUUAUCAACAGAAGGAACACCUACCCAAAGUCCAGGUAUUAAUAUUGUUAAAGAAACAGUGAAUAGUUCUCCAUCGGCCACACCAUCCAAAAUGUCAGUUGCUGCUUCUGCAUCUAUGCAAUCCAACUACCCUCCAUCAGCCGGGCCUGUGUCUCUAACCACACCCUCUGACUCCCAAAAACCUGUGACAACAACAACGGACGGUGCAACACACUCUACUCUUCCUAAACUUUCGUCAUUUUCCUCAGACGCAUCCACCAUCAAUCAAGCCAAAGUUGACUCUAAGACUGUUUCCUUACCUGGGGAAAAUACAGUGGUCUUCAGAUAUUACCCGAAAAUUGCUGCAGUGAGGCCGCUUGCCUUUGAUCACCCAACUGUCUUUAGGACCUCAAUCCCAGUUUCAGAUUCCUUCAAUGAGGAGCAACACCAGCCAGGUCAAAACAGCACAAAUUAAAGAUUAAUACACACGCUCAAAAAAAAAAGGGCUAGCUAACCCUAUCACAUGCAGGAAGUGAGAGGUAGUGAUCAUUUCUUAAGAGGUGCUGGUAGACCAAUUGUGUUAAUUUUGGAAAUAACCAGGCUAGCUCUUUCCUUUAUAGAGUUGAUUAGGAAUAAAACCUGACAGGACUCAUAAUUUUAACACUUCCUAUUCUCCCAAAGUGGACAGGUUUUUAAAAUGUACAUCCCUAUUUCUCUGACAUUCCGUUACUCAUUUAGCUGAUGAUUUUAUCCAAAGUGACAUCCAAUAAAAACAAUCAAACAUGCAAGCAAGGAGAUACAAGCUCACAGCAGCAGGAAUCAUCUCUUUCUAUUAUCCUGUGUGGAUUAAACUUAUAUAUAACAAUAACACAUGAACAUGUUAUAAACAAAUCGAACACUUGAUUGAAAUUGACAGAUUUUUUGUUUCUGGGUUCCUUUUCCAUUUCUAGUUAAGUUUAGGUUAUCAACUUACUUUAAUAUCAUUUAUUGGCUUUGUCGUCCUGAUAUUUCUGUUAUAAUUUCCUCCCGAUUGAUUUUUGCUCAUUUUUCUUUCUCUGUUCAUACUGUUAUGUAUUAUGUUUUUAAUCUCUAAACAAAUAAACAAA